AAACAAAAUCAGCACGACAGAGGAUGUCUUCCUUUUGAUGAGAUUUUCAAGUAUCAAUCAAGAUGGCGGACGAAGAAGACGUUUUCAGUUGACAGACACAAAAAAAAAGCUCAAAGAGAUUGCUAUGGGAGUUACAAGAGUUUUCCCCUGGGAGAUACCAGAAGGGAAGAGUGGCCAACAAACAGUGGAACAGUUGCAGAAACGAGCUGAGUUACUUGGUGCUCGUAAAACUGGWAAUUGGUCGAUUGACUGCGAAACAUAUCAAAGUCACGUACAAUCUUCAACCAAAAUUAUCCAYAUUCUGCAUAACACAGAGUUUCCGUACUCAUCAUUUGCUGUUCUAGACAGUGGCACAUGUCUUGUGGCUGAUACUGGGUUUGACUCAUUAAUGGCUAGAAUGAAAGCCUUUUAUAUUCCAAGAAAAGCCUCMAAAAUAGAGGUAAAAGGAACAAGGUACCAAUAUGGAGACUUUAUAUUAAAAAUAGGACAGAUCCUUGUUGGAUCCAGUGUCAAAGGUGUUGUUAUAGAGUUAGAGUAUCUUCCUUGUGAUGAUGUUGAUCAGUGUUGGAAUCUAAUGAUGGAAUGGGCUGCUAGCUUUCUUGGAAGUACUUUCACUGYUCCUUCUCCUCCUAAAACCUCAAACAGAGAUACCGGUCUUUUUGGUCCUCCUGACAUAAUCUUGCAGUAUGUAGAGCUAUUUAAGAGAGCUUAAAGACUCUUGGCUUAUMUAAAACCUCAGAGACAUGUUUUUGUCCAUCUAUCAUCCUCUUAUAAUAUGAACAUGUACAACUAUUUAAUAGAGAUCAAUCUUAGAGAAUCAUAACUCCUAACUCAAUUAAUAGACAUCUUUAUUUAGACAUGUAUGUACAGCUCUUAUAAUAACUUAUUUAGAAUCAAAAUACUUGUAACUAGACAGUUAACAACUAAUGUGUUUCACUAAUCACUAAAAUUCAGUUAUUCUUUUGUAUUUUUCCUUCUAGAAAUUAUUACAUGUGUAAAAUUGUUGUCUGAUUUCCAAAAAAUWAGUAUAUGAACUUUGUACAGAAAGAUUAACAGAUUUUUAUUUGACUGUAUCAGAAGUUUGUGGGCAGGAGUUAUUGAGUCUAUAGUUUCACUUGUUUUUUAUGCUCAAAGACAAACUAAACUUCUUYGAUGCCAAUUUGGGAAUAUGUACAAAAAGACUUUCUCUACACUGUUCAUUCAUGUAACUUUAUCCUUAGUUAGUGAAAUAUUAACUUUUUAUAAACGUACAAAAAAAAAAUAAACUAAAAAGUAGAGUGUUUGUA